UCGGAAUCAGUCAGCAGUCAACCCCGCAGCCAUGAGGUGGUUCACCGUCGGUAACGUUUUGGAAGCGGCCCGUCCACUCUAUCUGGUCACCCGGGCCUUCUCGCUAAUGCCGAUUACCGUGAACUUUCGAGAUCAGUCAGCCGAACAGACUCCAGCCGAUCAACUGGUGAUGAUCCGAGGAAUUUUCAUGUGCUGUUCAACGAUGUACUUUUCGUUCGGAGCCAUCCGAGGGCAGCUUCAACAGAUGAGUGAUUCUUACAUUUUAAGUACCGGACUGUUUGGAACAAUGUUCAUUUUAGUGUGCUUUCUCUUGGUCACCAUCAUUUCGAACUACGUCAAUGGUCUCGAAAUUUUUCGAUCUGCCACGAUUGUCAACAAAGUUGACCAGCAGUUUCUCACUUAUUUCGGCUUUCGGUGCAACUAUCAGAAGGAGCAUCAGAAUUCGGUCAUAUUAAUUACGAUUGGGUAUCUUGAAUGGACUUUUUUUAUGGUGCUCGUCAGUGCAAUAGGAUACACUAUGCCAUUGGAUUCUUCGUGGUAUGUGCUGCUAGCAAGAAUUAUUGGUUCCAUUUGGUUUAAUGACCAACUUCCAUCCGUGCCACACGUCAAAAUGCGCUGGUUCAGGGCGGACUCCUUUUUCGAAUCGCUGCGCCCGGUCUAUCUGAUCGCGAAGGUUCUCCUCCUGCACUUUGAAACAAUCGAUUUCGAGCGGCGCACAGUUCGUCGGACGCUCUUCGAUCAGAUUCUGUACGUGCUAACUUUGAUUAUGGACCUGUAUCUGUCACUGGUCGGCAUUCGGAGCUGUGCCGCGUUCAUCGAGCUGUCCGACUCGAUGCUGCUGAAUUUGGGUUAUGGUGGAUCGUUUCUGAUGUCCUACCUGUUGUCGUUGGCUUUGCCGUUGUGGAAUGGUCUGAAAGCCCGAACGAUUUUCUCGAUCUACGAAAGCAUUGCGGCUUAUGACGACGACUUGAAGCUCCUGGGAUUAAGAAUCGAUCAUCAGAGACACAAUUUUGUCAGUACGAUAUUUGUCAUGUGCUCAAUGUGUUUUGCGUUUUUCAUGUUGGCCAUAGUGAGUUACGCACAUUUCAAUAAAGAUUGGAUUGAUCUGUCAAAAGUGUUUUUGGAAUACUGGAUGGUAAUCCCGUUUGUUAGAACAGCGCUUGGAGCUGGAAUAUUUUUUAGCUAUUUUUGUUUGACACUGCUUUCCCUGCAACAUCGUUUCGUUACCCUGAAUCAAGUCGUAAUGAAAUUCUUUCAAACCAGUCCGGAAAAGGACCCACUCAUGCCGACCGAUUCGGAAACGUGCUGUAAAAUGAUCCGGAAGCUUGCCACUCUGCACGAUCAACUGUGUGAUACGAUCGAACUGUUCAAUCGAUGCUUCUCGAUUCAGGCGAUGUUCGCUCUGGCAGCGGCUUUUGGUUUUACGGUUUUCUCGAUAUUCGGACUCAUUCACUCGUAUGCGACCAAUGCGGCGGAGAAUACGCUUCGCUUGGCAUGGUGCAACAUGUGCUACGACGGGUUCUAUUUGGCAUUCAUCUUUCAACUGAUCGUAUUUUCCAGCUUGAUUUAUGCAGAGUGCAAACAUACAGCGGUGCUAAUUCACAAGGUUCUCUGCUACGGAACGUACGACAAAAUUGUGCGCAAAGAAUUGCGAAUCUUUUCCCAGCAACUGUGGCACCAAGCUCCGAAGGUUUCCUGUAGCCUGUUCGACUUCGAUUGGACACUAUUCUAUACGAUUGGCGGAUCCCUCACUACCUACUUGAUUAUAUUGGUGCAAUUUGAUCUUGUUAAUUUUGAUUAUUCGGAACUGGCCGACCAGAAGAGCUAA